CCGUAUGUUGUGCUUUAAAUUGCCGACACUUCUGCCGUGCUUUUCUGUGUGCUGUAGGAUGGAUCCACCCUGAUAGACGUGGUUUGGUUAAAGAAGAUUUAUUACCACUCACACAUAUAGUGGAGACUUGUCACUUGAUUCACGAGUUGAAUAACACACUAAUUUACUCAUAUACUAAUAUUAUGCCUACCGAUGGAUUUCUGAUUUGACGUAACAAACAGUAUCGAGAGGAGGGCGUUAUCGUGCAAGAUGGACACGGCAGAGGAAGCUGAUAUAUGCCGGGUGUGCCGCUCCGAAGGAACUCCUGACAAGCCUCUGUACCAUCCUUGUGUCUGCACUGGCAGUAUUAAAUUCAUUCACCAAGAAUGCUUGGUUCAGUGGCUGAAGCACAGUAGGAAAGAGUACUGUGAAUUAUGCAAGCACAGAUUUGCUUUCACACCAAUCUACUCUCCGGACAUGCCAUCUCGGCUUCCAGUACAGGACAUAUUCGCAGGACUGGUUACAAGUGUCGGCACAGCUAUACGCUACUGGUUUCACUACACACUUGUUGCUUUUGCAUGGUUGGGAGUUGUGCCCCUCACAGCAUGUCGAAUAUACAAGUGUCUGUUUACAGGCUCUGUAAGCUCUCUCCUCACCCUGCCACUAGAUAUGCUCUCCACGGAGAACUUGCUGGCGGACUGCUUGCAGGGGUGUUUUGUGGUGACGUGCACCCUGUGUGCCUUCAUCAGCCUGGUGUGGUUGAGAGAGCAGAUCAUACACGGUGGCGCCCCCCAGUGGCUAGAGCAGAACUUGCAGGCAGCAGCAAACUUUGCUGCACAAGCCAAUGAGGCCCCGGCGGCAGCAGCAGGCCCAGGAGACCCAGAUCCACAGGCAGAGGCGGCCCCAGCGGAGCAUCCUCCUGAGGAAGAGGAGGAGGAGGGGGAAGAGCGAGCAGCAGACGACCCCGAGCAGCAGGAGGACCCAGCGGAUGACCCCGAGGUCGACAACGAGGAUGAGGAGGAGGCAGGGGCCGAAGAUGCCGAGGCCAAUAAUGGAGGCCAAGAUGAUAUGAACUGGAACGCACUGGAGUGGGAUCGGGCUGCAGAGGAGCUGACGUGGGAAAGGAUGCUUGGACUUGAUGGGUCCCUGGUGUUUUUGGAGCACGUCUUUUGGGUCGUGUCACUGAACACACUCUUCAUACUGGUGUUCGCCUUUUGCCCAUAUCAUAUUGGCCACUUUUCUGUCGUGGGUCUUGGGUUUGAGGGAUACGUCCAGGCCUCACAUUUCGAGGGUCUUAUAACCACCAUUGUCGGCUACAUACUGCUGGCCAUGACCUUAAUUCUGUGCCACGGCUUUGCAGCACUAGUGAGAUUCCAGAGAUCCCGUCGUCUGUUAGGGGUCUGCUACAUAGUCGUGAAGGUGUCCUUGCUGGUUGUAGUUGAAAUUGGUGUUUUCCCCCUCAUUUGUGGCUGGUGGCUUGAUAUUUGCUCAUUGGAAAUGUUUGACGCAUCACUGAAAGACAGAGAGCUGAGCUUUAAAUCGGCUCCAGGAACGACGAUGUUCCUGCACUGGCUCGUGGGGAUGGUCUAUGUCUUCUACUUUGCUUCUUUUAUUCUCCUGCUGCGAGAGGUGUUGAGACCUGGUGUCUUGUGGUUUCUAAGAAACUUGAAUGAUCCUGACUUCAAUCCGGUCCAGGAGAUGAUCCAUCUGCCUAUUUACAGACAUCUCAGGAGGUUUAUUCUCUCAGUGGUGGUGUUUGGUUCUAUAGUACUUCUUAUGCUGUGGCUGCCUAUCAGAAUGAUCAAACUCAUUCUACCAAACUUUCUACCCUACAAUGUUAUGCUGUACAGUUAUCCAAACUCAAUCCAAAAGACUGUGCCCCCCUCCCCUCCCCUCCCCUCCUCCAGCGACGCCCCCGUGAGUGAGCUGUCUCUGGAGCUGCUGCUGCUGCAGGUGGUGUUGCCUGCUCUGCUGGAACAGGGACACACCCGGCAGUGGCUCAAGGGCCUGGUCCGAGCCUGGACAGUCACCGCUGGAUACCUGCUGGACCUUCAUUCAUACCUACUGGGAGACCAGGAAGAGAAUGAGGGCAACCAGCCGGCAAACAACAACAACAAUAACAACCAGCCUCCACGCAACAACAACAACAACAUGAAUGGCAUCCCUGUGGUGGGCGAGGGGCUGCACGCGGCCCACCAGGCCAUCCUGCAGCAGGGAGGCCCCGUGGGCUUCCAGCCCUACCACCAGCCCCCCAGGUUCCCUUUCAGGAUUGGGCUUUUGAUUGCAUUUAUGUGCAUCACACUGUUGGUAGCCAGUUUGGUCUGCCUCACUCUACCAGUCUUUGCUGGCCGCUGGCUUAUGUCCUUUUGGACGGACAACUCAAAGAUCCACGAGCUGUACACGGCGGCGUGCGGCCUGUACGUGUGCUGGCUCUCCAUCCGCGGCAUCACCCUCCUCCUGGCGUGGAUGCCCCAGGGCCGCAGAGUCAUCGCGCAGAAGGCGCACGAGUGGUCCCUCAUGGUAACCCGCCAUUUCCCUAUAAUCACAAUCGUGAAGACUGUGAUUGUGGCUGUACUGGUGGCUGGGGUUAUUCCCCUUCUGCUGGGCCUGCUCUUUCAGCUGGUGAUUGUGGCCCCACUUCGGGUUCAACUGGAUCAAACGCCUCUCUUCUACCCCUGGCAGGAUUGGGCCCUUGGGGUGCUCCACGCCAAAAUAAUAGCUGCCAUUACCCUGAUGGGCCCCCAGUGGUGGCUGAAAACAGUGAUCGAGCAGGUGUAUGCCAACGGGAUCCGCAACAUUGAUCUACAUUUCAUAAUCCAGAAACUGGCAGCUCCAGUCAUUUCAGCCCUGCUGCUGUCUCUCUGUGUGCCCUACGUGAUUGCUGUCGGGAUUACUCCCCUCAUCGGAGUCACCCCUGAGAUGCACAUCCUGGUGCAGAGGAGGAUCUACCCCUUCCUGCUGAUGGUGGUCUCGCUGCUGGGGAUCCUCACCUUCCAAAUCCGCCAGUUCAAGCGUCUUUACGAACACAUCAAAAAUGACAAGUACCUUGUGGGACAGCGUCUGGUGAAUUAUGAGAGAAAGGCAGCCAACAUCAGCGGUGCUAUGCCAGAAUACCCACCCCAAGACUAGCAUGCAUGAGAUGUCAAUCAUUAAAUUGUACAGCUAAUCUGCCAUUUGGUUGUAUGUCGUGACAGUCGUGUGUGGGUGUGUGAACGUGUGGGUGUGUGAACGUGUGUGUGUGUGUGUGUGUUGUCAUUGCCUUGCAAGUAUUGAGGACUGUACAUAUGUAAAUAACUCACACACAUGGAUUAAUAGAACAACCGGUGUACAUUUCUAAAAAUGUCUGUAUAUUAAUUUAUUAAAGCAAAUUGUCACUA